AUGUGGUGCGGUCAUUCUGUGUUCCUGAGGCCAGUUCCUGAUUGCGAUGACGAAUACCCCGAUGAGGUUGGUGAGCCUUCAGCUGCGUGUACUGAUCCUUCUGCUUCCUCAAGAACACACGAACCACAUAUUGGUGACAAUGGCGAGCAAGAUGCUGUUCUCCCGAAGAAGAGAUCACCAGUUUAUCCGAGGACAGUGCACGGUCAGGAGAGGCCGUAUAAGUAUGUAUAUUGCGAUGACGAAUACCCUGAUGACGUUGGUGAGCCUUCAGCUGCGUGUACUGAUCCUUCAGCUUCCUCAAGAACACACGAACCACAUAUUGGUGACCAUGGCGAGCAAGAUGCCGUUCUCCUGAAGAAGAGAUCACCAGUGCAUCCGAGGACGUGUGUGCCUUGCUGGUUGAAACGGACUGCCAAUGUAGUGCGGUCAUGGUGUGUUCCUGAGACCAGCAACCUUAAGAAGCGGGCCUCGGCAGACGUGCAUAGGGUGCGCGUGGCGGGCGCUGUCCCGGAAGAUGUGUUCUUUGAACACAUAUCAGGCGUAGUCCUGGUUCACAUUGCUAACGAGGGAACUUUUACAAGUUCAAAUUGCGAUGACGAAUACCCUGAUGACGUAGGUGAGCCUUCAGCUGCGUGUACUGAUCCUUCAGCUUCCUCAAGAACACACGAACCACAUAUUGGUGACUAUGGCGAGCAAGAUGCCGUUCUCCUGAAGAAGAGAUCACCAGUGUAUCCGGGGACGGUGCACGGUCAGGAGAGGCCAUAUAAUUAUGUAUGGACUGCCAAUGUAGUGCGGUCAUGGUGUGUUCCUGAGGCCAGCAACCUUAAGAAGCGGGCCUCGGCAGACGUGCAUCCUGUGCGCGUGGCGGGCGCUGUCCCGGAAGAUGUGUUCUUUGAACACAUAUCAGGCGCAGUCCUGGUUCACAUUGCUAACGAGAGAACUUUUACAAGUUCAAGUAUGAGAAUGUGUGAGAUGUUUUGUGAGAUGAUGUAUGCAUACUUUUGA